AUGACCUGGAUAGAUUCGGGGCCAGGAGCGGAAGCGAGAGAAAAACUCACUUUGCAAGAAAAGCUCGCUUACGCCGGGAUUCGAACCCCUGACCUGAUCUCCAGAAGGUUUCGAGGCAUCAACCUUUUACAGAGCCUCAGCCUUGGUGACGCCACAACCCUUACUGUGCGCGACGACCAGGCCGUGUAUACUACGUGUGGCUUACCCUCCCCCGCCCAAACCAGUGCGAUUUUCGACGUGCUGCUCAACCAAAGCUUUUCGGUUGGGUACACAACGCUCAUGUCACUUGUUGACCGCUACCAGUUUUCUCUCGUACAGGUUAUCCCCCCGCUGGUAGAGGGUAUCAUCUCGUGCGGUGAUGAAAAGAUGGGUGUGCACAGAGUGGGAGAGGUAUUGUCCACGCUUGCUGAUGUCGAAUGUUGCUUAUCGGAUGGAGGGUCGGAACGUAUCACCGUAGGCGCGAUGAUGGGCAACUGCUUGCCAUGUCUAGACGAACAACAAGGGGCGGCUAGAACCAGCUACUUCGAUCCCGACAUCAGCGAAAAAAAGACGAUGGCGUACACGGCCAGCGAGUUUGGCAAAGAGAAUUGUAAGCUUGGAUUCAGCAUCAAGUAUAAGGUACAUUCACCACAAUCAAACAGUCAACGUCUCGGCUCGUAA